UAUUAGCAUCGUUAGCAUCGUUAGCUCAGCUUGUGAAAACUCUGUCGGUUUGUGUAAUAAAGAUGUCUGUUUCUCCAGCAGUCACGACUUUAUGUGAGAAUUCAGAUGAAGUCUUCCUGGACGCGGCGAAGCUGUUACUGACGUACUCUGAUAAUAUCAUGAGGUUUCCCAAUGAGGAAAAGUACAGAUCGAUCCGCAUCGGAAACCCCACGUUCUCCACCAAGCUGCUGCCCAUCAAAGGAGCCGUGGAGUGCCUCUUUGAGAUGGGGUUUGAAGAGGCUGAGACCCACCUGGUGUUCCCCAGGUCUGCAUCAGUGAAUCAGAUGAAGCUCAUCAGGGACUCCAUAGCAGCAGAAAGAGACCGGAGGCUGGGGGGGAGGCAGGCUGCAUCUCCCAUUACUCCCACUACUCCCACUUUACCCACUACCUCUCCCAUUACUCCCACUACUCCCACUUUACCCACUACCUCUCCCACUACUCCCACUUUACCCACUACCUCUCCCACUACUCCCAGCUCAGCCUCAGCUCCAGUGAUCUCUGCACCUCCUCCACCACAGCCUUCCUCCCUGGAGAACAGUAUGAACUUCUUUGCCACCCUGCAGUCUAACUUCCAACACGUGCUGCUGUACGAGAACCUGGAUCUGCAGCAGAAAGCUCUGAGCUGCAUCCCUGAGGAGAGGCUGAGGUCUGAGGCAGAGAUCCAGCUGAGAGGGGCCAGAGAGGAGGAUCCAGAUUGUAAACUGGGCCUGGAGGACUUCCUGGUGCUGGAGCUGCUCAGAUGGUUCAAACAGGACUUCUUCUCCUGGGUGGACCACCUGCCGUGCAGCCGCUGCUCAGGAGCCACGCAGAACUCUAACCCUCUGCAGCCCUCUGCUGAGGAUCUACGCUGGGGGGCCCAGAGGGUCGAGAACCACUACUGUCACACCUGCAGGCUCUCCACCAGGUUCCCCAGAUACAACAAUCCUGAGAAGCUCCUGGAGACCAGGAGGGGGCGCUGUGGGGAGUGGGCCAACUGCUUCACUCUGUGCUGCAGAGCCAUGGGUCUGGAGGCCCGAUACAUCUGGGACAGCACAGAUCACGUGUGGACGGAGGUUUUCUCCACUUCUCAGCGCCGGUGGCUGCACUGCGACUCGUGUGAGAACGGCUGUGAUAAACCUCUGCUUUAUGAAGUGGGCUGGGGGAAGAAGCUGGCCUACAUCCUGGCUUUCUCCAAGGACCAGGUGGUGGAUGUGACCUGGAGAUAUUCCUGCAAACAUCCAGAGGUUUUGUCGAGGAGGAUGAAGGUCCAGGAGUCCUGGCUGCUGCACACCAUCCACAGGCUCAACACCUCGAGGCAGCAGUCCCUGAGUCCCGAGAGGAAGAAGGAUCUGACGGAGCGGCUGCUGGUGGAGCUCGUGGAGUUUCUGUCUCCAAAGAAACCAAAAUCAGGAGAGCUGGGAGGACGAAACUCUGGAUCUCUGGCCUGGAGGAGAGCCAGGGGGGAGACCAGGAAGACUGAUGCAGGGACCUCUACUGAGAUACAGGCUGCAGGUUUUGUGUUCACUCCGACGGAGAAGGAGAAGAUGCAGAAGUUGCUUCACGUGCGUUACUCUUCCUCCAGAGACGAGUACUGCCGUCUGUCCAACGACUCUGAGAGGAUCCAGAUCUGGGAUCAGUGUGUGUGGAGCAGGACGUCCGUCUGCAGGAAGGUGGAGGAGGACUGGCAGAUGGUGUACUUGGCUCGAACUGAAGGCUCCUCUUCGGGAAAAGUCAGCUGGAAGUUUGACUUUUCCUCUGCGGGGAUGAAGGUUUCUUCUGUCUCCAUCUCAGCUAAGAGUGAAACCUUCCACUCGGGGAGCGUCUGCUGGACCCUGCAGGCCGGAGAGAGAACUGCAGCGUUCACUGGAGAUGGGAAGAUGCAGGACCUCCCGAGUGUCUCCGGCUGCUCAGAGUUCAUCAUUGAAGCCGGACUCAGCGGAGGAGAGGAGGAAACAGCAUGGCAGCACUCUCAGAUCUUCAGGCAAAGCUUAAAGGAGACGGAGGAGCCUUCGUUUGAGAUCCUCGUACACUUAGAAGAUGCUUAACAGUUGUUUUUAUGGAUGGUAUCUAAAUGUGUGGGAUGAGGGGUUUGUAUCAUGACAAAACAGUGCAAUAUUUACAUGUGUGAGUCCUCCAGGAUGAGUAUAUAUGAAUGGAUGAUUGGUAGAUGAAUGACAAGAUCGCAGAGUAAAAACACUUUGACCAAAUAACCUGUAAAACAUGCAGUCCAGAAACACUGCAUGUAAAGGGUUUUAAACAUGUUAUAUUAGCCUUCACUAUAAAAGUAAUUUGUGAUGCACGGAGUCAGAGGAGUUUUCAUUUGAUAUUCUCGUCCACUUAGGAGAUAUUUAACAAUUGUUUUGCUUCUUGUUGGGAUAAUAGAUCUGUAGGGUGAGAAAUUGGUGCAAUAUUUAAAUGUGUGUAAGUCCAGGAUGAGUAGAUAUGAAUGAAUGAUUGACAGGAUUUUGUACCUUUCACAGAGUAAAGUCACACAUUAAACAUUGAUUUGACUAAAAGCAGAAUAACCGAUGACAUAUGUGGUCCGAAAACCCUGCAGAUAAAGAGUUUUAAACGUAAGAAAAGCUGUAGUUUUUGUUAAAUGUGCCUCCGUUUGUGAUGCAUGGAGACAAAGGAGUCUUCAUUUGAUAUCCUCGUCCACUUAGAAGAUAUUUAAGAGUUGUUUUACUAAUGUUAAACCUUAUUGGGUGCUUAAUUCGGAGCUAAUUGCUGGGAUGAUCGAUUUGUAUAAUGACAAUUAAGUGAAAUAUUUAAAAGCGUGUCAUCUUCCAGGGUGAUUAAUCCUGCAUGGCUGAUUGAUAAAUGAAUGACCAGGUGAAUUACAUAUUGAAGAGUAGGCUAAAGUCACAUAUUUUAAACAUUGAUUUGACUAGAGUUACCUAUGAGACACGCAGUUAAAAAUACACUGCAUGUAAUCAUAAAAAGCCAUAGUUUUGUCACAUUGUCCUUCCCUGUAAAAGUCAUCGGUGAUGCAUGGAGACAUUCCCUAGACGCCAGAUUUCCUGCUAUUAAUAAACUAAUUAUUGGUGUCAUUUAUGGCAUUUUGGCAUAGGCAUGCCUACUUAAAUCCAUGUGUACUAAUAUAAACUGAGUGUUGUUGUUGUUGUGGAGGAAAGGGAUGAAUGUUGGGGAAAUAUAUGAUGGGAUAAUAAACAUAUUUUUAAAGUAU